AUGGCCCCCGAUCUCAGUGGCCUGGAUUCCACUCCCCGUCGACCCCGCGCCGCUACCUCGGUGCUACCAGCCAUGGUGACACCCUCCUAUGCGGCUCCUACCCAGCACUCAGGGAGCCCACCGCUAGGAUCAAGUGAGUAUGGUAUAACUAGUACAGCUCAAGGGCCACUGCGGCAUCCCAAACCCCUCACCCCAUCGGAUCUCCAUAUGGCCUUGGAGAAGGAGCAGGAGGCGAUGGUGAAUCGGUUGACCCGCGAACUUUCCCUCCUCCGUCAACAAACCGCAUCCACAGCAUCGACAGCUUCCUCCACCUCCAAUUUCAAUGAUUCUACGGAUGGGCUCUACACAUCCCCGAAUCUGGGAAGCUCGACUCGCUCGCAGUCUUCCCGUCGACAUCGAUCCUCAUCCAGUCUCAGCGCCCACACCCCGUCAGCCCCAGUUCCUCAAACUGCAAGCGUGACGGGGAUUGCUCCCUCUCGCGAAGCGCCAACUCGCCCGGUUCGCAGUCGUGAGGCAUCUCUGACAUCUCGCCGGCCCUCAGUCGGAUCCUUAUCGUCUUAUUCGCAAUACCCCCACGGUGAAACCUACGGUAGCAGUCCUACCAUUUAUCCUCACCGGAACUCGGUGUCGCAAACCCACCUUGGUCACUCCGGUACACCCAUGUCACGAAGCGAGGAAGUUGCAUUCCACAAAUCAGAGUUUGAUAUCGUCAGACGAGAGAAUGACAUGCUUCGGAGACGGGUGCGGGAGCUGGAGAGUACGUUAAAAACCCUGAAGGAGGGACAUUCUGAGGGACCGACAGGAACGGACUUGGAGAUUUAG